GCUCCUGCCCCGCUCUGGGUUCUGGUUCCAGGGAGCUGCUGCCAACCGCCAGCCGCCUGGCCAUGGGGGCCUCCUCUCAGCCGGACCCCUGCCAGGAGGUGGGGGCCGUGGCCACGAGGGUCCUGGGCAGCCUGGUCCUGCUCUGCAUGGCCAGCAACGCCAUCUUGCUGCUUUGCCCACCCCCAAGACGGAGAGAUGCUCCCCACCACGAGCACAGAGGAGGCAGCCAGGCCCCCCAGCGACGCCACGCCAAGCAGGCCUGCAGCACCUGCCACUGCUGCUCUGGCCCGGGGGGCCUGCCCGGGGCCCGUGCAGCCGCGGAGAAGGGCACCCAGACGGGUCCCAGCAGCCUCUGGGGCUCCCAGCGGGCCUCCAGGCAGCCUCAGGCCCCGGCCGGCAGCGCCAAGGGCUCCGAGCACUCCAGCUCCUGGCUGGGCACGGCCACCGCCCUGGCGCAGAAGACGGCGACGACGACGAGGACGAGGAGGAAGCCGCCGCCGCCGCCUCCGCCCCCCAGCCUCUCCGCCUCCUCCCCAAAGGGCUCCUGGCAGGGCUUGGCCCCUGCAAGGCCGGCCAGGAUCGUCCUCUGCUCCCUGCACUCUGCCCCCAAGAGCGGGCCCUGCCCCCCCGCCCAGGAGAGCAGCAGCCCCAGCCCUGUGGGGCAGGUGGUCUACGACGCCCGCUGGCUCCGCUGCGUGAUGGGCAAGGCCGGCGGCCCCCCCCCCAGCAGCAGCAGCCGGGGGAAGCCACGGCCCCCUGGCAGGAGAGAGCCCACCGGGAAGCCGCCUUAGCCCCCUGCUCGGGGGGGGGCGUACAAU